ACAUUUUUCAUUCAACCCUCGUGAAUAUCAGGAUUUGUUGAUUAGCUUUUAAAUAAAAAAAUAAUAAUUAUGGUAGAUCCUAAUUUUAUUGAAGUUAAUGAAAUCACAGGAUACUGGACAUAUUUGGCAAGCAUUGAUUGGAAGGAUCCGUGGCUGAUUGGUCUGAUGCUAUUACAUGUAUUGAUUACGGUGACCACUUUGAUGACAAGGAAUAGCAGCAAUUUCCAAGUAGUUCUAUUCUUAAUACUCUUAUCAGCAGCCUACUGCACAGAGAACAUAAAUGAGUAUGCGGCGGCGAGAUGGCAAAGUUUCUCCAAACAGCAGUACUUUGAUAGCAAUGGACUUUUUAUAUCGACAGUCUUUUCAAUGCCGAUUUUGCUGAAUUGUAUGCUUAUAAUUGGCACUUGGAUGUACAACUCCUUUCAGUUAAUGGUUAAGCUAAAGAGAGCACAACUAUUGCAACGAGUCCAGAAUGAAAAGCAAGAACAUAAAGGGGAGCGUACCAACGAGGAACAUGCCAAAUCCGAGUAAAUUAUUUAGGGACAUCUAGCAGUACGAUUUGGAAAAUAUUUAAAGCUUUGGUAUCACACUUCAUAGAACUGGCACUUUCUUGCGGAAUAUUGAAAGGGCCAUCUUUUUUAUGGCCAUGGAAGAAUACAUAUUAGAGAUUUAGUCGCAUGAUUUUUUUGUAGUCAUUUGUACUUAUAUAGAUGUAAAUAUUAAAUAAUGGUGAAAACUUUGGUGUUUUUUUUUUAUAAAAGCUAAAUUCGUUUCCCAACAAAAGGUACUGGAAUCCUAAAAUUUAGAUAACGCGCGAUAAAAAUACUCAGUAGUAGAGAUUUUUAUUAUUUACUUGAACUAGGGAUGUUAAUUUUUCAGCUUUUUUCUAUCACCGCAUUUUCGGGAUAUUGGUUUCACAGUCCCGGGCUCCCGGGAUUUAGAUAUUCAUUACUUUUCAACAACUUAAAUCGAAAAAAUUGCUUCUAUAUUGUUUGAG